AUGGAUUCCAAACCCGUCGAACAGAGCCGUGCAUCCUUCCAGGCGGAACGCCAGUCUUGGGCUCGGGCCGACAUCACUUCGAGACAUCACCCUCGAUAUUGUCGGAAGGAGAAUGCCCUCGUUCCUCUCCAUCCUGCCGGCGGAUCUGGCGAGAAUCUCACUAAGCAGGGCCGGAAACGUGCGAGCGAGGGCUGGGAUUUGGACGCGGAAAGUGCAUUGCUAGUCGAACUUAUCCAGCUAUACCAUCCCACAACCCGUCCCGGGACGGCGCGCGGAGUGGGCAAUUGUGAAGACGCAGCUCCUCCUGGACGCAAGGAAGCCCGGGUCAUGUGA